CGUGAUGACGUCAGACACCCGUGGACUGGCGGUCUGCCAUCUUUGAUUGUGAGACAGGCCGCGGCGCAAGCAGCACUCAACGAGAGCAGCACUGUCUCACACGAGAUAACGGGUGGGCAAAAAAAGACAAGAAACACAAAUCGUGACCCUCUUAACGUCCAAAUAACGGUGGAGACCCCGGGAAAGAAGAAAGGGCACCGUGUUGGCACAGAAUAGAUUUGAGGCCCGUGCAAGUCGAGAGGAAAUGGUUGGAUGCUAGCUACUGUACCACGCUAGUUACCUAACUAGCUAUCGUUAGCAAGCUAGCCAGUUUUUGUAAUCCGCCGGCCACACACUCGGCUUGGAUACUACAAAAUAAGCCGGACCCAGACGACAUACUAGAAGAAGAGAGACCGGCGGUGACAGGAGGCUGGUUCUGGGGGUGAGACCAGAGGACCAGACUCAAUGAGUUUCCAGCGAAAUGUCAGAGAAGUCAGGGCAGAGCACCAAGGCAAAGGAUGGCAAGACCAAGUAUGCAACCCUUAGCCUCUUCAACACCUACAAGGGCAAGUCUCUGGAGACCCAGAAAACUGCAGUGGCUGCCAGACAUGGGCUCCAGAGUUUGGGUAAGGUUGCUGUCAGUCGGCGCAUGCCUCCCCCUGCCAACCUGCCCAGCCUGAAGGCAGAGAACAAGGGCAACGACCCCAACGUUAACAUCGUCCCCAAGGACGGCAGCGGCUGGGCCUCCAGACCUGAGGGAGGAGACGAGAGGCAGUCCAAUACCCCCCCACCCCAGCCUAACCCAGGGCCCCCCCAACCCCCAGAGGUCUCGUCCUCUAUAGGGUGCAGCAGAUCCUGGGCCAACAGCAAGCCACCGCCACAGCUAGAUGGAGGAGCCCCUCGUGUGAGCAGCCAGUUCCACCAGGAGUUCCCCAGUUUGCAGGCGGCCGGAGAGUCGGAGAAAGGGGAGGGGCAGGAGGAGGAGCCUUAUGGACCUGGACCCAGCCUCCGACCUCAGAAUGUUGGUAGUUGGCGCGAGGGCGGUGGAAAGAAUCUGACCACCUCAGCUAGCCCUUCUGAGAUGGAGAGCUGUGGGCCAGAGGAGGGAGGGGCAGCUCUCAGCACCCCCUCACCCCCUGGGGAGGUGGAGGAGAGGGGCAGGGUGCCCCCUAAUGAGAAGAAAGAGGUCAGGGAGAGGCUGCCCCUGUCUGCCAAGCCUGCACCCCUCUCCUCUCAGCCCAAGCUACAACCCCCCUCUGUUCCAGCCCUGCCUAAACUCAAUGGUGGCCAGCAGGCCCCUGCCGGUGUGCCUCCCCAGUUCCACGCCCAGUUCAGGGGCAUGAUGCCACCCUAUAUGUUCAAUGCAUAUCCCAGGAUGCCCUUUGUUCCAGUGCCAGUGAACAUCAGAUACCCUGUUCCACAGGAUGGAGCCAGGAGGGUCCGUCCCCAGCACGGGCCCCCCCAGGCCUGGAUCAAGGACCCAGAUAGACCCUCUAUCAUCAGCGCCACAGAGCUCAAAGAGCUUGACAACCUGGACACAGAGGCUGAUGAGGGCUGGGCUGGAGCUCAGAUGGAGGUCGACUACACAGAGAAACUCAACUUCAGUGAUGAUGAGGAGAACCAUGCCGCCAAAGAGAAAGGAGAAAACUGGGAGUGGAUUGGUAAAGUGGAACGGAUGAGGGCACAGCGCCCGUCAGACGGCCAGGAGGGCAGCAAAGGCUCAUGGGUAGAUGGAAGGGACCCCAGGGUGCUUUCCCUCGGCAGUAAGGGGGUGUACAAGACCGGCACGCCACAGGACCACCAGGGUCAGCUAGGUGGGCGCUUGGUGGGCAGCGGAGCCCCUCGCGUGGCCAAACCCCCCACCAUUGCUCCCCCUGCUGGUGAGGAGGAGUGCGAGGCCUGGCGCCAGAAACACAAGAAGCAGGACCUGUCGGAAGCGGUAGAAAGAGCCAGGCGGAGGAGAGAAGAGGAGGAGAGGAGGAUGGAAGAACAGAGACUCACCGCUUGCGCAGAGAAACUCAAACGCCUCAACGAGAAACUCCACCCGGCAACAGAUGCCAAGCACGGCCCUGCCGCCGAGACGACCAAUGAAGAGACUGGAGCUGUGUGUGAAGACACACCUCCUUUGUCUGUUCUUCCCCCUGUCUCCAACCCUGCACCAUCGCAGCCUGCCCCUUCCUCUCAGCCCACGAACAUAUCAGCCCCUCUCCAAGACCGUGAGAGUGUGGUGGAGAGGGAAAGGAUUGAGAGAGAGAGCGUGGAGAGGGAAAGGAUUGAGAGAGAGUGUGUGGAGAGAGUAGAGCCUAGUGCGAAGGAAGAGAGUCCGUUUGUGCCUCGCCAGCCCAGCCCUCCAGUCCAGAGAUCAUUGUCCAUACCCCCAGAGCCUCGGCUCGGAGAGGGUCCCCUGCACUUGGUGGGCCCCCUGAGUGAGGUGAGCCCUCUGGUGGAGGAAAGCCAGACUGAGAGACUGACGCCCAUGCCUAUCAGAGACUACUUCAGCACCGAUGAGAGCAGAGUGGAGGAACCUGUGCCGCUCACUCUGCCCCUUAUGGACCCCCUCAGUGGAGAGGACGCCCCUGUGGCCCCCCUGGACAUUGAGGGAGAGGUGGGGGCUGCCAUGCGCCCCUCUCUCACCUCUGGAUACUCAAAACAGUUCCAGAAGUCUCUGCCCCCGCGCUUCCUCAGGCAGCAGGAGCAGAUGAAGCAGCAGUGGCAGCAGCAGCAGCAGCAGCAGGGGGGUGGUGGUGUGGCUGUGUCCCCAUCAGGAGGAGGUGCGGGAUGUGUUGCUGCCUCCCAGCAGCAGCACCGCUCCCUGUACCAGCCCGUCGGCCCCCCUCACCACCAGCAUCAGCAGCACCUGGCUAACAUGGGCUUUGACCCCCGCUGGCUCAUGAUGCAGUCAUACAUGGACCCCCGCAUUAUGUCUGGAAGACCACCGCUCGACAUGCCAAACAUACACCCUGGACCUGGGCGGAUUCCUCCUAAGCAGAUAGUUCGUAGAGAGCCAGGGGACAGCUCCAGUUCUGACUCCUUCGACCACCUGACCAGGCCCAUACGGGACCACAGUCUCCCUUCUGAACCGCGCAUAGUAUGGGGAUCUGACCCAUACCCCCAAUCUGAACCCCUUCCCUCUGUCACACCCCCUAAAGGACGGGAGGACGAGGACAGUAGACUGGACUCUGGGUUGGAGAUGGAAAGGGGUCUCCCAGCCAUGUACCCCAGCCAGGAUCACAAUCCCCUGGAACCCUGUGGCAAAUCAGACCUUUUCAGAGACCCCACAAAGUCCCUGUCAGGGUUCGGCCCAGGUCCAGAGGAGGCUCCAGAACCCCUGCAGACAGAAAUAGGGCCUGGUGGGUCUCCCUUUGAGCCAGUGGAGCCUAGCCUGCCCACUGCAGAGGUGGAGUCUCUGGGACAGGCCAUGCUACAAAGAACCAUCUCCCAGGGCUCCAGCUACUCCCUCAAACUGGAUGAGCCCAGGUUCGACAGCCUCCACCUGGGAACAAAGACACUUGAGCUCCAGGAUCCGGAAGAGAGGCCAGGCGGGGAAGAUAUAAAGGCCAGUAAAGAGCCUUUCUCCCAGGCUGCUGUGACCGGGGACACCCCUCCAGCUGACGGCCUCCACAAGCUCGAGAAGCCGGCCCCCAGCAAGCAGAAGGCUGAGCUGCGCUGGGGAGGGAGGUCUGGGGCCGGCCGGAGGGAUGGCCCAGGGGGAGAGAGGCCGGUACGCAGGUCUGGACCCAUUAAGAAACCUGUACUCAGAGACAUGAAGGAAGAGCGAGAGCAGCGGGAGGAGAGAGAGCGACACCGUGAGAGAGGAGAAAAGGGGGAGAGACCCAAGAAGGAGGAGCGAGGAGGAGUUAAAGCUGCCUCCGCUGCUGCUGCGGUGUCUGAGGGCCCCAGGGACCGAACCCACGGAGAGAAGGACAGACCCCACGGAGAGAAGGACAGGGAUGGGAAGAGUGAGGCCCCUGAGACAGAGGGGCCUGGGAAGGGCCUCCAGAGAUCCAGAGAUAUACAUGCCCCGAUACCAGCCUCCCAGGACGACAAGACAGACCAACUACCAACCAAUGACAUAAACCCUGAACCUAAAUUACCCUCUACGAAGGAGCCCAACCUGCCCCCACGGAUCUACCGCCGUGAGGAGAGGGAAAGAGACCGGGAGAGAGAGAUGGAAAGGGACAGAGAGCGAGACUGGCCGGCUGAUGGUUUCAGAGGCCGAGGCAGAGGGGAGUACUACUCUCGAGGACGGAGUUUCCGGGGAACUUAUAUUGGUCGAAGUAGAGGUGGCCGGGGUCGUAGUCGAUGGGAGUACCCUUAUCAGGAGCCGCGCUCGCGCUCAGACUUUCCUGCCGUCAGUGGCGCUGCUGCCUUCCGCUGCCGUGAAGAGAGCGAGACGCGCAGCGAGAGCUCAGACUUUGAAGUGAUGCCUAAACGCAGACGGCGUCGUGGUUCCGAUACCGACACAGAGAGCGAAGGAGGACGGGAGUCCGCUAGCGACACUGGGGCUUCAGACCGUGAGCCCAGUGCCAAACCACCCCGACCGCUCCGCAGGGAAAUACCAGGAGAGCCCCGCUCCGGACCACACAAACCUGGCUUCGGACCCCAUCACCUGGGGGAGAAAGGAGGGCCCAGGGGAGGAGAUGAGGGAAGGCCCAAGCCAGGCUUCCUUCCCAGAGGAGAUCCUUCACGGCGUGGGAGAGGGGGACUGUACAGCAGGCGAGGGGGAGCCAGGGAGAGAGGAGGUCCUAGGUCAGCUCCUCUCAGACGCCCAGGAACUAGAGAGUCGUCCUCCCAGUGGCCCUCUAAACCCAUGGAGACCUUCCGCCCUGAGGACACAGAACCCUCGUCAUCACGCUAUGACAACUGGGACCACCACUCUGACCGACGGCCCGUUCGAGGGGACAGAGACCGACAGUUCGAGGGGAAGAAGUUUGGAGGGGGACCCCAGAGUAGCAGAGACAGAGAGAGGCCCCGUCGCCCUCGGCCAGCCCGUCCCCCCAGACAGGACAAACCCCCCCGCUUCCGGAAGCUGAAGGAGAGAGAGGCUGCGGUCUUAGCUGGAGGAGACACAGGACCUGGACCCACCUCCACUGCCCCCGUCCCAGCCUUAGUGCCUGGCCCUGUCUCACUGUCCCCUACUCUCUCAAGAGCUCCAGGGGCCCCCUUCACCCUGCCUGUAGAUAAGGAUCCCAAAGCCGCUGACCUAACCUCUGACCCAGCCCUGCCUGACACCACCCCUCCCACCACCUCUGCCGUGGGCACCAAGUCACCUGACCUGUCCACGCAGAACUCUUCUGACCAGGCCAACGAGGAGUGGGAGACGGCGUCGGAGAGUAGCGACUUUAACGAGCGUAGAGAACGGGAGGAGAGGAGGGGAGCGCGGGAAGCUGCUAGCGGCACUGCCCAGCCCUCGACACCAGCCCCCCUACCCCCUCAGGGCUCAGCUCCCCUCAGCAGGACUCCCACCGAGGGAGGGGUGACACCCAAACGCGAGGCAGCCGGGCCCGCCGGGGGUAGGAGGAGUUUCUCCAGUCAGCGUCCGGUGGAGAGGCAGAACCGCUGGGGGAACAGCGGACCAAAACCAGGCCGCGGCUACGCAGGGGGGAAGGGAGAGAGGCGAGGAGGGGGCAAGGCUGGACGCAGAGGAGCGGCCCCUAACCCAGACUCCGCCCCGUGUGGGGGAGGGGUGCGUACUGGGGGUAAAGACCCUGCUGGACGCAGGAAGGACGAGACCAAACAGAAACCCAAGGAGAAGGAGAACGCUCUGUUGCAGUUUGACCUAAACAACUAUGCCAGUGUAGUGAUCAUAGAUGACCAUCCAGAGGUGACAACCUUAGAGGACCCCCAGUCUAACACUACGGAUGACGGCUUCACUGAGGUGGUCUCACGCAAACAACAGAAACGACUACAGGACGAGGAGAGGAGGAAGAAAGAGGAGCAGACGACACAGCACUAUGGAAAGAAAGGAUCAGGGGAAAAGGGGAGAGGAGGAAGCAAGCUGCCACCAAGAUUCGCCAAAAAACAGCAGCAGCAUCAACUACAAGCAUCACAACCACAGCAAGCCUCACAGCCGCAGCCUCAACAGCCCUCACCUCCCCCUCAACAACCCCAACCCCUCCUAUCUGCCUCCCAGCUCCCUUCCCCCUCCCAGCCUGCUGCCUCUCCCCAGACUCUGGAAGGCUCUGUGGCCACCCUACCCCCCGCCACUACCCCCACCACUGUGGACUUCACCUCCAAGACUCCCCUUCCCCCUGUGGCGCUGCUCACGCAGACCCACAGCACUCUCGGUACGGAACUCUGGGAGAACAAGGUGGCCGGAUCCACCAUACUCCCUGACGUCAAGAAACUUGGACCCAUCAGCCCUCCUCAGCCUCCUUCAGUCAGUGCCUGGAACAAACCUCUCACCUCCUUCACUGGGACUGUCACUCCUGAGGGUGUGAAGCCUGGCUCAGAAGGCAGUGUGGAUCUAGGGAUGGACAGUAUCCAGUUUGGAGCCCCGUCCUCAGCUGGCAGUACAGACAGCGAUGGUGUUCCAGCCAUGCUAGAGCCUGGACCUGACAACAAACUACCUGCUCCUAAAGAACAGAGACAGAAACAGCCCCGUGCUGGACCUAUCAAAACACAGAAGCUCCCUGACAUGGAGCCAGUUGAGCCAAAGGAGUACAAGCCUGGCCCUAUUGGUAAAGAACGCUCCCUGCGUAACCGCAAGGCUAAGGACGUCCGUGUGGGGGAAGAAUGUCUUGAUGGGGGGAUAGUACCAGGUGGAGGGACCAACAGAGCAGUAGAUUCCAGCCCCCCCAACACAGACGCCUCUGUUCCUGAGCUAGGGGGCGAUAUCGAGGGGAUGAUCACCAUACCCUCGGCGGAGUACGCCAGCAGCUCCAAGGAGUCAGUGACCGACUACACCACCCCCUCUUCCUCUCUGGCGGACAGCGUUCCUACUGGAGGGGGUAAGAUGGAGGAGAGCCUGGUGGCCAACGUGGCCCUGCCUCACCCUCUCCCUCGUAGAGAGGCCUUACAGCAGAGCUCCAGCCUCAGUACUGUCUCUCCUGCUUCUGUUGACCUCACACUGAAGAUGGAGUCAGCCCGUAAAGCGUGGGAGAACUCCCCCAGCCUGGUAGAAAAGAGUUCUCCUGUCACCUCCUCUUCUCCUAUCACCUCCUCCUCCUCCUACUCCUCCUUCUCCUCUGCCUCCAUGCCUCAGAUACCAGUAGCCUCCGUCACACCAAGCACUUCUCUGACAGGUGCUGGGACAUACACCACGUCCGCUCUGAGCACUAAGACCACCACGGCCUCUGACCCCCCCAACAUCUGCAAGGUGAAACCCCAGCAGCUGCAGACUGGAUCCAUGGGUGGGACCAGCUUCUCCCAGCUGGGCUGUGUGGCCCCCCUGCUUCCCCAGCAGCAACAGACUCCACAGGUCUACGUCUCCCAGUCUGCAGCAGGCUCUGCAGCCCAGAUUCCAGCGUUCUACAUGGACACCAGUCACCUGUUCAGCAACCCCCACUCCCGCCUGGCACCUCCCCCUCUGACACAGCACCAGCAGCAGGGCUACCAGCCUAGACUCUCACAGCAGGCGGCAGUGCAGCAGAUUCCUAUCCCAAUCUAUGCUCCCCUACAGGGGCAGCACCAACACACACACACACACUCUCACCAGGCCCAGCUAAGCCUCAGCACCGGACCUCCCGUCUCCCAGCCACAGGACCUCUUCAGCUCCUCACUGCAGCCUUAUAGAUCACAGCAGGCCUUUAUGCAGAGCAGUCUGUCCCAGCCCAGUCCCAUGAUGUUAUCAGGGCCAUCUCUCCACAGCUACCCUGGUGUUGGGGGCCAUGACCUGGGCAAGCCCCAGUCCAGCCUGGCCUACCAGCAGCCCUCCAACACACACACACAGCACAUCCCCAUCCUGUUUGAACCACAGCUCAACCAGCCCUCUGGCAUGGGAGGAUCCCAGCUGAUAGAUACACACCUACUGCAGGUAUGGAAUAAGCGUCAGGGGAUGAGUCCGCAUUCUAACCUGUACUCAGGACAGGUGCAACAACACGGACAGAGCAGUUACUAUAGUAACACACAGUCUCCAAGCUCUGCCAUGCAGCAGGUGCAAGUCCCUAUGCCAGGCUCUCAGCUCGGUCUUCCUAACUAUGGUUCCGUGGGCAGCCAGCCCCUCCUGGCUCUGCCCCCCACCCCUCCCCAGGCGCAGCCCCCUAGCCUCAGCCGCCAGCCCCCAGUCUCCCAGCCCUAUAGGGGACCCUUCGGACACACACACAGCGUGAUGCACCCCCCCUCCAGCAAGAUGUGUGAGAUGGACCUGAAGCUGUUUGGCAGUGGGAUGGACAUGAAGCCUGGGCCAACUCCUCACAGCGCUAGGAGCACUACCCCCACAUCUAGUCCUUACAGGGCCAGCUCUACUUCUCCCAGCAGCCAGUCCAGUAAGAUGAACAGCAUGCUGUACCAGAAACAGUUCCAGCCCAGCUCUGCUGCCAUGAGGAUCACACAGCACUUCCCUGGACAGUUCAACCCACAGAUUCUGUCCCAGCCCAACCUGGUCUCUCCUCUGGUGCGCCCUCCCUCCCACACCCAGCAUGCUAACUCAUUUUGUGGAGGGAUGCAGCGUUCGCCUAUGGGCCCACCCCCCAUGUCUCCCUCUCUGGGAGGGGGUUUGAUGCCUCACCCCCGGCCACCACCGCAGCAGCAGCAGUUCCCCCAGAUGCACCCGUCCCACCCCCCUAGAGGGCCUCUUCCCCCCCUCGCACCUAGAGGCCCUACAGGUCCCCGAGGCAACCAGGCAGAGCAGGACCUCAAGGCGAAGCAGCGAGCCGAGGUGCUCCAAUCAACUCAUAAGUUCUUCUCGGAGCAGCUCAAGGCUCCGUCAGUCUCCAAACCCUCUCGUCUCGACCAGGGGGGUGGCAAACCCCCUCUCGACAUCCUGCCCCCCAACCACCAGACGGUGGGAGUUGUGGAACGCCCUGAGCCCGACAAACCCUCCCUGUCAGCGGGCAAACCCAUCCGCACCGGCCCCAUCAAGCCCCAGGCCAUCAAACAAGAGGAGGGGAAGUAGAGCCUCACACAUCUCCACAGAUGGAUGGAUAGGAGAGAGAUGAUCCAGCUGCUCCACAUAUUCAUGCAAUCACUCGCUCACACAUCACCCUCUGGUGUUAGAGGCGGAGAAAGAGAGGAGAGGUGGGGAUGUAUUAGUCAAUAGCCCCUGAGGGGGCUACUGUGUGUGUGCGCUCCAACCUCAUCUCUCUCUCCCCUUCUCCUCUCUUGUCCUCCACUAUUGGGGGUCUGUGUGUGAUUUCUUUUUUUAAAGCCCCGCCUCUUGUAAUUUGGGUGGGGCGGAAGACGGCAAGCUGUACUUCAAAUGUCUACUUGGAUGGUAAAAAAAGAUUGAAUGGAGAAAAAAGAUUUGCCAGUUUGCCAUUUUUAUAGCCCUAUGAUUUCUGUUCCUUUCUUUUUCACAAUAGAAUCCCGUUAUUAGGAGGACAGGGCUGUUCUUUUUCAUAAUAGAAUCCCGUUAUUAGGAGGACAGGGCUAUUCUUUUUGUUAACAGGAGAAUCAAGCAAUCUUGUUUUUGUAGUUGGAUGAAACAAUCUUAGUUAAAGAUGUAUUUUAGUGAAGCACAGACACGUUCUAUUCCUCUGCCAGUCUUCCAUCCAUCAUUGCUAACACACAGCUGUGUGAGUGUAUACAAGCUUGUACGAUCACCACACACACAAACUCCCUCUAGCGCUCAACGCUUUCACCAAUAUUCACUAAAGAGUGAAACUAUGAAAUGAGGGUUUGUCUGGAAAGGAAGUGUAAGAUGCAGCAGUUGAUUGAUUUAAUUGAUUAGUCUGCCUUUUCUCUUGCUCGCAUCUCUUUGAGCGGAAUGAUAAAGGUGGUGUUUGUGUGUGUUUGCGUGGGGCACAUGGGAGGCCACUGCCCGGUUUUCUCCUGUAUCUUUAGCCAAAGGUUAAGCGUACAAAGAUGAUUUCACAGAGCCUUGAGAAUCCCUGUUGCUAUGGCAGCAGAGUGGAAGGGGAUUUAUUAUGGGCUGUCUGUAAAUGGACAGACAGACCCUGAAUUCAGUCUGGGAGCUUUCCUCCUCCCCCUUGAGAGAGGAGGAUAGAAUACCUCUUCACCACUGCUCACACACUCACUCACUUGCCUGUAGGGCACCCAACCCUGCUGCUACUAACAGAAAGGGAGAGUGAGUACGAGUUCAAAACUGUAGAAACAAAACAGUUCAGUGUGGCUUUCUGUUAACCCUCACCAAGAGGGAAAGGGAGACGGAAGGGGGAGAAAUAAAACAAAAUUAGAAAUAGCUUUGUGUUUGACUGCAGACUGCAGUUCUGCUGCAUUUCAGGGCAGAAGGACAGGUGUUAGUGUUGAGAGAUUAUUCCUGUCUCAUCUCACUUCCACUCACUCAAACCUACACCACUCUCAUCGCUGGUUUACCAUGGUGACAAGGGUCCUUCAGAAAUGUACAGUAGUGUGCUCCACUAGUGGGGAGGGGUAUACCCCUAACCAGAACACAGGAUGAGGAACCUUGUGUAGGAGGACAGAGUGGGGGGUAACUGGUUUGUUUUUUCUUUUACUUGUACAGGGGGUACAUCGCUGUAUUAAAAUAUGUACGGUCUUACAUUCUUGGUUUUAGUUAAGAAACUAAUAAAAUAAUAUGCUGUUUAAAAAGUG